AUGGCUUUCGGGAAUGUUCGGAAAUCCACAGUUUCUCUCGAAUUUCCCCGUAAACUAGGUGAUCUUAAUACGGUGCUUGAACGCGUGGAGCGUGAAAAUCGAAGUGAAUUAGUGAAUUUCCGGAUAUCUGAGCCCAACUCUCUUCUGAAGGAAGUGAUGAGUCGCUCGAUUUUAUUUCGAAAGGCGUGGCAUUUAAGACAGAGUGUGAGUCCCCGGAGAUUCCUGUAUCAUGACCCAGAUCACGAUCACAUUGAAGAUGCAUCUGUCCAGGAUCGACGGAUUCUGUAUGAGCACCAUAUUCCUACAACGCUUGCCCAGAAGGCCUUGCUCGCACUUGGGACGACCAUUGGAGGUCUGAUGAACCCGGCACGCGGCGAAGUGCCGAGAGUGGCUCAGUGUUCAACAGACUUCAUAGCGGUAAAUGGGGAAACUACCGGAAUGUUCGCAUUACGAGCAAUGCACAAGAAGAUGCUCGAUGAUGAUGAAGGGCGACAGAUAUUGAUGGAUCGUCCACGGAUAAACACAACUCACGUUGAUUACGACCGGCUGCGAAAACUGGAUAAAUCUACGUUAGGAGCGACUUACGUGGAUUUUCUUGAUCGGCACAACUUGGAUCCAGAUGGUCGACUACCGGUUCGUUACGUAGACGACGAUGAACUGAGCUACGUUAUGCAAAGGUACCGAGAUAUCCACGAUGUGACUCAUGCCGUAUUCGGGAUGGAUGUGAAAUUGUUGGGUGAAGUGGCCAUCAAAUGGAUUGAAGGUAUUCAAACCGGUUUACCCAUGUGUCUCGGGGGUGCGUUACUCGCCCCAUUGCGAUUCAGACCCAAGACGCGACAAAAAUACGUUUCGGAGGUUUUGCCAUGGGCUCUUGAAAACGGCUUUAAAAGUAAACUUCUAUUGAACGCUUACUUCGAAAAGCGUUGGGAGCAGAACGUGGGUGACUUCAGAAGAGAGUUCUGCAUUACCGAGUUUCCCGGAAGCACAAGCAUCUUUGUUUUUGUGAGUUCUGUUCCGUUUCCGUUUUCCGCUAUCAUGGCGGAUGUGAGCGCGAAAGUCGUUGCUCAAACGCAGGAAGCUCUCGGAAAGUACGUGAAAAAGCCUCCUUUAUCGGAAAAGUUGCUGAAGAAGCCGCCUUUUCGAUUUCUUCAUGAUGUCGUCAAAGCAGUGAUGGUUGAAACAGGAUUUUUUGACGGGUUGUACACACCUGACGAGCUUAAUUCUGAUCUGGUGAAGGAGAAGGAAGCCAAAAUAGCAUUCCUGCAGAAGGCCAUUAAUGUAUUAUCAAUCGCGACUGGAGAAACCAUAGCCGCGAAGCCAUCCAAGAUAGUUGCCGGACAUGAAGUAGAGAAGACCAAUGAAUUUCUUCAAGCUCUUGGCAAAGCCUUGUCGAAGAAGGUAGAAUUCGAUGUAAAAUCUAUCAAUCCCAAGUACGUUACAAGUUCCAAAGAUGCGGUUGCCCGAGUUCUAGCCGGUGAAAAGCCGGGGGAGAAGAAAAAAGCCACCAAAGAUAAGCCAGCAGCAAAAGAAACUGGUAAAGAGAAAGCUGGAGCCAAACCAACGGCGAAACCAAAACCCGAGGACGAGAAGAAGAAGCGACCAACGGUGGCUCAUGUGAAAUCGAAAGAAAAGAAGCCAGUAAACGAAAAAAGCAAAAAACCUCUCGCGAAAUCGAAGGAAUCUCCAGUUCGAGAAAGUCUUGCUGCGAAAACCUCUCUUGAUAGCCCUCUUGAAGAAGUCAACGGUGGAAUUAUGGGUUUUGGAGAUACCGUACCGUCAUCUCCCUCCCAUAUAGGACAAAUACCAGGCGAUGAAGAUGUCGAAACCUUUGGUGUGGUUGAAAAAGCUAUCGAUGAACUAAACGCUAUCAGUGGCUCUCAGUCGAAUAUAGAGGUGACCGAAGAGUACCAACCAAAUGAACAAUCAUUAGUAAAUAGCGACGAAGUUGCCUUCGAUGAUUUUCGCACGGAGCCCGAAAGACCUACUACGAGCAAAGCGGAGACUUUUUCUUUAGAUGCAGUUUUUGAAGAUCCAGCGCUGGAACCAGAAGCGCCUUCUCGAAUUUCGUUGCGGACGGCUGGCGAACGACCUCAGAGCCGAGUACAUCCGACCUUUAUCGAAGAAGAAGCCCCUGUGGCAUCCCGAAACGCCCCGAAAACCGCGGCACCUUCUCGUCCUGUCAGCCGGAUUAAUACCGGGGUUUCAAGAGCUGCCAGUAGUCGACCAAGAACUGGGCGCCCCGUCAGUGCCCGUCCUGCACCUCCUAGGGUCCGUGAUAAAAACGAGUUUGUGGAAGACCAAUCACUGCAUCGUCCGCAGACCGGCAGAGUUGCCAAUGUCAUGCUUGUUUCCGCGGAGAAGGAAGAAGAAGACGAAGACGACAAUUUUGUCGUCCAGGAGAAUGGUGGAGAUACAGGCAGCGAAAUUGCUGGCUUGCUCUCCGGUGAUAUUUUGUCAGGGCAGGUCGAGGGGGAACAUGGCGCUCUUGUGUCGCAAAUUCUGGCCACCAAAACCGAGAUGGAAACCCAAGCUGGACCAGGAAGAUCUGUGGAAAUCGUAAGUUUUUUAAAUCAAGUCGACGUUGUACGGUGCACUGAAAUGAGGAUCUUUCUCGAAAACUGUACACAGGAGAAAGCUGAGGGCGCUGAAGCUACUGGCUUUGGGGCCCGUGAGAGAGAAGCCACCUCUAGAGACAUCGCCAGCACGCAAAAGGCUGUCCAAGGUCUGACGCGAAUAGCAAAUCCCUUGGCACACUUGAUGGAAUAUUUGCAAGAAGAUGUGGAAGCCAUGAACAAAGAAUUGGAACACUGGAUCAACGAGAAAAACCAGUGCAACCAAAUAUUGAAAAUGCAGCAAAGAGAAAUGGAUCAAGGGACUGAGCCAUUGAAGACUGUCCUGCAAGAAUUGGAAAGCUCCAUUGUCGACCAGUUGGACAAGAUCAGUGCAAUUAAAGCGUCCAUCUUACGCAACGAAGAACGAAUUCAUCGACUGCUGAAGAGCACCGGAUCGUCUAUGGCCUAUCAAGACGGAGCUGGUUGGGGAAGCCAAGGAGGUUAUCAGAGCCACGGAGGCUACGGUGGCGGCUUCGGGGGCGGUCAGAUGAGUGGUGGUGGUGGCGGCGGCGGCGGUGGCGGCAGUGGCUACGGCAAUCCUGGUGGGAUGAACAAGCAAACUCUGACCAUUCCUUCCUCGUCCGUGGGCCGACUCAUUGGCCGCGGCGGCUCCAAAAUCCGCGAACUCCAGGACACUACCAACUGCCAGAUCAAAGUUGUGCAGGGAGACGCUGCUGGGCCCGGCAGCACGUUCGUCGACGUGUCCUAUAACAAUGAUGACGACUUCGAGCACGCCUCCUCGCUCAUUCGUCAGGUGACCGAAGAAACUGAUGCCGGUCGGUACCAACCGCGCGGUGGCGGCGGCGGCGGCGGUGGAGGUGGCGGAAACAGCUACGGCGGUCAGGCAUUUAGUGCGGCUAUUCCUGAUAACUGCGUUGGCUUGAUCAUUGGCAAGGGGGGUGCGAGGAUCAAGGAGAUCGAGAAUCGCGUCGGCUGUUCAGUCCGAGUCAAGAAUGACGGCAAUGGGAGUCACUUCGCGGAGGUCCAGGGCUCAGAAGAGCAAUACAAGCAGGUCCAGGAUAUUAUUAACGAGACGGUGGAACGUCAGAGAAACCGUCAACAAUACUAAGCACUUUUGAGCCCCGGAUUCCAGUUCUGUUCUUCAAUGAGGGAAGGCGCGAGCGAAAAGAAAGAUAAAAAUCUUCAAGAUGGACGUUUGGGAGAAGUUGAAAGAAUCGUAUAUGGAUCUUGAGAAAGCUUUAUGCGCCUCUCGAGCUUCAUUACUUGAGUUUUUUCUCGUUUUUUGAUGCGUCCGAAUUUCGAUUUGCUUCAUUAUUCAAAGGAAUCCUGUCAGGUGUGAGUAUGAGGAAUAAAAGCACUGAAAAAAUUA